UCACGUGACGGCUGCGCAGGUGAGCACCGCUUCCGGGUCGGGCUUUGGAGUUGCGGCCAGCUCCCGCUUCCACUCGCUCGGGUGCGCGGGAGACUAUGGCGUCCUCCUCCGUCCCUCCCGCCACCGCACCCGCGGCAGCUGGAGGCCCCGGUCCGGGAUUCGGCUUCGCCUCCAAAACCAAGAAGAAGCAUUUCGUGCAGCAGAAAGUGAAGGUGUUCCGGGCCGCCGACCCGCUGGUGGGCGUGUUCCUGUGGGGCGUCGCCCACUCGAUCAAUGAGCUCAGCCAGGUCCCGCCCCCGGUGAUGCUGCUGCCAGAUGACUUCAAAGCCAGCUCCAAGAUCAAGGUCAACAAUCACCUUUUCCAUAGAGAAAAUCUUCCCAGCCAUUUCAAGUUCAAGGAGUAUUGUCCCCAGGUCUUCAGGAACCUGCGAGAUCGGUUUGCCAUCGAUGAUCACGAUUACUUGGUGUCCCUCACUCGAAGCCCCCCAAGCGAAACCGAAGGCAGUGAUGGUCGCUUCCUUAUCUCCUAUGACCGAACUCUGGUCAUCAAAGAAGUGUCCAGCGAGGACAUUGCGGACAUGCACAGCAACCUGUCUAACUACCACCAGUACAUAGUGAAGUGUCAUGGCAACACACUUCUGCCCCAGUUCCUGGGCAUGUACCGAGUCAGCGUAGAAAACGAAGACAGCUACAUGCUUGUGAUGCGCAAUAUGUUUAGUCACCGUCUUCCUGUGCAUAGAAAAUAUGACCUCAAGGGCUCUCUGGUGUCCCGGGAAGCCAGCGAUAAGGAAAAGGUUAAAGAACUGCCAACACUGAAGGAUAUGGACUUCCUUAACAAGAACCAGAAAGUGUACAUUGGUGAAGAGGAGAAGAAAGUGUUCCUGGAGAAGCUGAAGCGAGAUGUGGAGUUUCUAGUGCAGCUGAAGAUCAUGGACUACAGCCUUCUGCUGGGCAUCCACGACAUCAUCCGGGGCUCUGAACCGGAGGAAGAGGGGCCCGUGAGGGAGGAGGAGUCAGAGUGGGAUGGGGACUGUAACCUGACUGGACCUCCUGCUCUGGUGGGCUCCUAUGGCACCUCGCCUGAGGGCAUUGGAGGCUACAUUCAUUCCCACCGGCCCCUGGGCCCAGGAGAGUUUGAGUCCUUCAUCGACGUCUAUGCUAUCCGGAGUGCAGAGGGGGCCCCCCAGAAGGAGGUGUAUUUCAUGGGCCUCAUCGACAUUCUGACCCAGUACGAUGCCAAGAAGAAAGCAGCUCACGCGGCCAAGACCGUCAAGCACGGGGCAGGGGCAGAGAUCUCCACUGUCCACCCUGAGCAGUAUGCUAAGCGAUUCCUGGAUUUUAUCGCCAACAUCUUUGCCUAAGAGGCGGCCUGACUCCAGGGUGAUUGCUGCUUUAUGUUGGAGGUGGCGGGUUCUGAGAGGCUUAGGGGAGCUGGAUCUGGCCAUUACUUCUCUUCUUCCCUAAAUUCAGACUGCAGGCUCCUUCCAUCCGAAUAACUUGGUCCUGGGGGUAGGGUCUCCCCGCCCCAGACGUCCCCCGUCCUUUCUCCCCUAGUCCAUUCUCUGCCCUCCCUCCUUGCCCCCAGGAAGCCCUCCUGCUUCAUUAGUGUUACUGUCGACUCAGGAUCCUAAGUGCCUUGAUCUUUAAAAAAACAUCUUGUUUCUAUGGAAUAGGAGGAUCUGGGGGUAGGGUUGUGUGCCGUCUUCGGGACCUGACUGGACAGUGGACGUGGCUCAAGCAGCUGCCCUGGACGCGCUCUGCUGUGGAGAAGCUGAAUGUCUGGAUUUCGCUGAUACCUUAUGGGCCGCUUUGUGGUGUGCUUUCUUCCUGGGAAGCCCCAGAACGGAGGGCUUUCAGGACACUCCAGAUGUGGGUGCAGGCAUUCACACACGGACAGUCUGGCCUGGAGGUCAGGUGGGGAGUGGUCAGCAGGCUGGCACCUCACAAGGCAGGACCUAAGCAGACUUUUGUGACUAUGCAGAGGAUGGAGAAGGUCCCUGUCGCGCAUCGACUGUUCCAUUCUCCCACCCAUCCCACCUCCACCUCUUCCCGUGAGCACUCUGGUUGCAGGAGCCUAGAGGUCGGCAGUGCCCGAGCUUAGGUGUGAGACUCGGGCUGCGCUGCCCGCCCUGUGCCUUGCGGGGAGCAGAGGCCAGGAGGACAGGUUGGAGUGUGGGGUUCAUUCCCUGUGUGACACCCUUUCUUCCUGUCUAGUCACUCCUGGGGCUUCUUUCUAGCAGAGGGGAAUAGCUCCAUCUGGUCUGUCUCCAUAGUUUCAGGAGGAUAGAGAUGUCGAGCCUGGGAACCUCCCCAUCUCCAGGACGAGUGCACCCAGCACUUCCUCCCUCCUUCUCAAAACACUUUUCUGGUUGGAGUUGUUAUUCUGUCCCAUCUUCCACUGCUACUGUGUCUCCCAGGGGACAGAUGGCCUUCUUUGUCAUCUCCACCCCCAGAGAGGAGUCAGAGCCAUAACUCAGUUACCCAGUCCCCUCCAAAGAUAGCUGAAUAUUAAUGCACGAUAUCCUCAGGAUGUAGAGGAGCCGCUAGGCAUGGCAGGUAGCUCACCUAGCUCGUGCCUAUAAACCCAGCACCCAGGAGGCUGAGUCAGAAUUACUCCAGAGAGGUCGGGGCCAGCCUGGGCUACUGAGUGAGACCUGGUCUCAGGAAAACUCAAAAUAGAUUUGGGCUUGAGCUCUGGAGAUGGCAGCAGAGUUGUAGUGUGCUUGCCUAGUGUGUUUGCCUAGUGUGUACUCUGGGGUCCGCCCCAGCACCACCUGCGCACCUGACUCCCGGGCUUGGGAAAUAAAUGGUGGUAAGGAGGAUCAGGCAUUCCAGGUCAUCUUCAGUUACUCGGCCAGGUUAGGGCCAGCCAAGGAAACGUGAGACUAUCUUGGGGAAAACGAAGCUAAGAAGAGAUAGAUUGUCUUUGUCUCUGCCUGGAGCCUUUGGAAGCAAGACACUCGUCCUUGCUGUUCCUCACCCCCGAGGAGCUUGGAGCUCUGGAGGUGGGGGUGGGCACUGAGGGCGAGGAGCUGCUUUGCUGUGUGAUCAUGAGGUCCUCAGGGAGAAGCCCACCCCUCUGCACCAAGGGAAGCAGCAAGAGGUGUGCCCAGUCGGGGUGGGAGGGGCCUGGCGGGUCUCCCAUCCCACAACCAACCUUCCCCCCCCCAACCCCCUGUUGAAUGCAAUAAAGUGACACCAGCAGCUGUUCUUUACAACUGGGUUUCUGACCAUGAGGUUGUGGUCAUGGGCAGUAGUGCCAUCUUCAUUUAUUGCUUCUGUUUUCCAUCUAUUUCGUUUUGUUAAUAAAAUAUCCGUAUUUACUCCCAAUAUCACAAUAAAAUAAAUUAUUUGAUCUAAAUCA